UCAUUUCCCCGAAGGAAAAGUGGCAACGUUGUGACUAGCAAGAGUUCUUUUCUUCCAUUGGAACUCUUCUUUUCUAAGCUUAAGGACAAUUGUGGAGCUGCGCCACGGUUGUUUAGCUAGACCAAGAUGGGUGCAUACAAGUAUAUGCAAGAGUUGUACCGUAAGAAGCAGAGCGAUGUUAUGCGAUUUUUGCUCCGUAUGAGGUGUUGGCAAUACCGUCAGCUCCACCGUGUUCACAGAGCUCCCAGACCCACCAGGCCAGACAAGGCUCGUCGCAUGGGAUACCGUGCUACCCAAGGGUUCGUCAUCUACCGUGUCCGAGUUCGUCGUGGUGGUCGCAAGCGCCCAGUUCCCAAGGGUUGCACCUAUGGUAAACCCAAGGGCCAUGGUGUCAACCACUUGAAGCCCACUCGCAACCUCCAGGCCAUUGCUGAAGAGCGUGUUGGUCGUCGUUGUGGUGGACUCCGUGUGCUCAACUCAUAUUGGGUUGGACAGGAUUCCACUUUCAAAUUCUACGAAGUGAUCCUCGUCGAUACUGCCCACAAGGCUAUCCGUCGCAACCCCAAGACCCAAUGGAUCGUCAACCCUGUACACAAGCACCGCGAGCUCCGUGGUUUGACUUCAGCAUCCAAGAAGUCUCGAGGUCUAGGAAAGGGUCAUGGAUUUUGCCAGACAAAUGGCGGAUCUCGCCGUGCCACCUGGAAGAGACGCAACACUCUAUCUCUUCUCCGCAAACGUUAAACCGAUCCCAAUUUUUGGUUGUAUCUUGCUCGAGUUGUACGCUUGUUCAAUACAUCUACUUGGUCAACUCGGAA